GACGAUGAUUCACUUGCCCACGAUGGUAUGGCACUUGGCUUACUUAUUAAGCGGCUAACAACAUCAACGGAGGCAGCUUUCGUGCGUAUGAAGGCAAGCUCCACGCUGCGUUACUCCUUCUUGGAAGAGUUGCGACGAUUUAAACGAGGACUUGCGGCUGCAGAUGUGCGAAGGCAGAACAGUCAAGCCAGAGUGCAACAACUACAAGAGGAACUUGAACGACUGGGGCCGCAAUUGGAGUCGUUGGUAAAUGACGCCAGGAAAUGUCGUGAUGAAUGCCUGGCGGAGCUUAGAGGGAUGUUCCCCGGGCGUACAGUGACUAUUGUUGGAGACAUUAACAAAUAUCUCUAG